AAUAAUUUAGUUGUGAAAAUAGCGUUGAAGAUUAAAAAUGGCGUCCUUAUUCAAGAAACCUAAACGCAAUUUUAGACGUAAAGGGGGAGACUUCGAUUCAGAUAAAGAAGAUGAAAACAGAGAAACAAAUAUGGAAGUGGAUGAGAAGCCUGCAGUUUCAACAAAGUCCGAUAUAGAGAAGAAAAAGAAGCAAAAGCCAAAAGAAAAAGAAUCCACUAAAACCAUUCUUAGCUUUGAAACGGAAGAAGAUGAGGCUGACACAGAAGUUUUUAAAGUAAAAAAAUCAAGUCAUAGCAGGCGGAUAGCAAAACAGUUAAAGAAAGAGAAAAAAAGUAGGGGUCAAGGUCAGAAUGGAGAUGCUGACAAUAGCAGUGAUAACGAAGAAAAUAGUGGAGAGGACUCCAAGAGGAGGUCCCGAGACGAGGAAGAAGCGAAAGCUGAUGAAAGGAUUAAGAAAUUACGAGAGGAGUUUCGCACCUUGAAUGGUGAAGAAGCUGAAGAUCUGGACGAUAGUGAUGAUGAUGGGCAGAAAACAUUUAAAGCCAUUUUAGCUCGCGGGGAGAUACCUGAUGCUAAAACUAUUCACCUCAUCAGAAAACAAAGACAAAUGGCAAGAGAAACGGAUAAUUUCAUCCCUAUUGAUGAUGUGGAAAAACCCAAUAAGUCUUCAACAGCCAGACUCGUUAGAGAUGAUGAUAAUGAUAAGAGUGAUGAGGAAGAAGAUGAAAGGAUAGACUUUGCCAUAGAUAAAGCUGCAUUGGAGCGGCAGCAAAUGAGAGAUGAUUUCUUGGCUGCAGAACAUGGUAGUGAUGAUGAAAGUGAUCAAGAAAGAGAAUGGGAGAAUCAACAAAUCAGAAAAGCAGUCAGUCUACAGAUUCCUGGUUUUGAAGUUCCUUCAGUUAACAAUUCAAAUGAUGGAAUGGGAAAUUCUGGUGUCUCGUUCUACACAUUAUCACCCCAGAGGAGCACCAGCAAGUCUCUAGAUGAACUUAAGCCCUUUUCUGCCCUGUCGAAGUCCCAGAACAUCUCAGAGAUAACGAUAGAAUCUGUUAGAAAACGUUUGGAAGAACGCCUCAACACCAUGGAUAUGGUUUACAGAACUCACAAACAAGAAUUAGAAAAGACUGUUUUUGACAUUGACGAUGCUAAAGAUAUAAUUGAAUCUAGUGAGCAAAAAGCUCCAGAUUUGGAGAAGCGUUUUCAGUUUUUCCAGGAAUUGAGGGGGUAUGUUCGAGACUUGGUAGAAUGCCUAAAUGAGAAGGUACCUAGCAUUAGUGAGGUCGAGCAGCGUGUUAAUAAUAUGUUGAAAGCUCGUUCAGAGCGUUUAAUUAAACGUAGACAACAGGAUGUUCAAGACCAGUGUCGAGAGUACAUGACAAAUACUGCCAGUGUGAAACUAGAUGUAGAGGCUAAAGAGGAACAAGGCAGACAGAGGAGAGCAGCUGAAAGGGAGGCUAGAAGAUCUCGGCGUAGAAGAGCUAGGGAAGUCAAGAACAUUGUAGGUCAUCAAGAUGGUCUUUCAUCUGACGAUGAGGAAAGUAGCCAGUCACAGAUGUUGAAAUUUAAAUCAGAAUACGAUGACUGUGUCAAGGCUCAAGAAACACUGUUUGAUGACGUGGUGGAAGAUUUCUCUCAAAUAGAACAAGUGAAAUACAAGUUUGAACAAUGGAAGUUUACCUACGGUGACAGCUACAGAGAAGCUUACAUUGGCUUGUGUUUGCCCAAACUUCUCAACCCUUUGAUCAGGAAAGAGCUCAUUUUAUGGAAUCCUUUAGAUGAGAACUGUGUUGACUUUGAAGACAGCUCUUGGUUUAAUUCCCUUGUUUUCCUCGGAUUCCGUGAGGGAGAACCAAUUGAAAAAUCUGAUGAUGAUCUGAAACUGUUACCUUCAAUUGUAGAGAAACUGAUUUUGCCCAAACUGACAUUUCUUGUAGACAAUGUUUGGGAUCCUAUUUCAACUACACAGACAGCCAGGCUGGUUAACUUAACACAAAAACUAACUAGAGACUACCCAUCUGUUCAUGCAUUGAACAAAAAUUUCAGGGCUUACCUGGAAGCAGUGGUAGCAAGACUAAAGAAGACCCUAGAUGAUGAUGUCUUCAUGCCGAUGUAUCCUCUAAAUGUACUGGAAAACAGAUCCUCAGGACCAGCUGUGUUCUUUCAUCGUCAAAGUUGGACUUGUAUAAAAUUGCUAGGUAAUAUCUUAUCCUGGCAUCGUCUCAUUGCUGCCCCAGUACUGUACAAGUUGGCUUUGUCUGGACUGCUAAACAGAUACAUAGUGAUUGGUCUUGUCUCUUCACAGAUCAACAGGGAGGCUUUACACAAGUGUCAAGCAAUUAUCUCAACAUUUCCCAAAGACUGGUUCAACACUUUGGAGGGAGACUCCACCCUGCCGCAGCUAGAAAACUUGUGUCGCUACUUGGUUUCAGCUGCCCAGACGCUCCAUAAAGCCACUGCCUUGGAGAAAGAUGCAGAGAGAUUGGAAGGAAGAGAACUGGUCAAACAAAUCAGUAAACACUUGAUCAACAUUCACGCCAUGGAUCAUGCAAUGUCAUUAGCCAAUGAGUUCAGCUUUAAAAUUACGUGAUGACAGUCUGUUUCCCAGGGGACUUCCCCUAAUCCACUUUCACCUUUAGAUUCCUGUUUAACUUUCCUGCCACCCAGACAAAAGUACCUCUUAAUGUGUUUUUAGUGUACAUACUAUAGUGUGUGUGUGUGUGUUCUAUAUUUGUUUUCUGAGAUACAAAUGUUUCACUUGUUGAACAUGCUCACUAAUAUUCACCAGUAAGAAGUAUACUUGACCAAUUCAUAUUGACUUGGUCUGCAUUCUCACCACUGUUAUGUCUAGGUAGUAUAAGUCUUUACAUCUUUUUUUUUUCUUUUUUUAUUUUUUUAAAUUAAACUUUUCUCAAACUUUUGUCUCUUUUUUUUAACUUAAAAGACUUUUUAAACAGCUAUUAGAUUGGAUCCCAAAAUUAGUCAAAUGACUUAGAAUUGGAAUUUAUUGAAAAAGUACUGAGGUUUAUGAAGGAAAUCUGAUACGAAUCUUGACGUGAGCAGUUUGGAUUUUCAGAUUCAGACAUUUAAUCGUAAAUCAAAGCUAAGGUUAAAGAAUGGCAAAGACAUUAAAAAGUGAACUUUACUAUACCCAGCAGGCACAGUUUCAUCUGCAUUAAAAGCAGAAAAAUAUAUAGGUCACACAUGGGUCUUGGUAGUUUAUAAAAUACUGCAAUCUUUAUCCUUAGGACUUCUAAGAAGUCACUUUUAACUUCUAAGAAGUUACUUUUCAAUGACUUUGUAAAUGAAGGUCAUUUAAACAGAAUUUUCUAUCUUUGUCUCACUUGCUACUUAAUCUUGUUUAGAUACUGUUUAGAUCUUUUUUUUUUAGUCAAAACUUUGUGAUAAAGUUUGUUAUUUGUAUUCAUUCUUUCAACAGAAAUGUUAAAACAUGUUAUUGAUAUUUUUUAUUAUGGAAUAUUGUGUCUUGGAAUUUUGUCUCCAAUGUAGGUUUGAAUGCCACACACAUUGUUUUAUUCAGUAGCAUGUUGUCUGAUUUGUUUUGUGAAUAACGUUUUCUACCAACACUGACUGUGUGUGUGUGUGACUUGAAGGACUUUGUCCAUUGGUUGAAAUGUUGUAUACAUUAAAUUGAUUUUGACCUGAUUCAUUAAAUUCAUGAUUUUUUUGUUCA